CACUUAAAUGGUACCAGAGAGCCCCACAGAGCUGGACCUUUUCUCUCUUCACUGGAUAAGAAGGAUUUCUGAGAAAAGCAGACGGAUGGAGACGGAGACGAGCCCGAUGCCUCCGAAGGCCCCGAGGCUGGCGGCAGGAAAGGACGCGCUCGCAUCCCAGGUGCUGGAGAUCAUCGGAGGGGCCGCUCUCGAGGCCCUCGGCACCCGGGGGGAUCCCGAAGAGAGAGACGCGUGGUCCAUGGAGGAGGGCGACGACUCCGUGUUCUACAGCGACGAGGACCGACCUCGCGAGGAAACGAAGGCCGCCCCGUCUCCCGGCUCUGGCGGCAGCGACCGCGAGCGCCUUGUCAACAGCGUGGCAUCUGACGAGGAUGACUCGGCCGAAGGAUCCGUUACGGACGAAAUGGAAGAAACCGCAGGGGUGGGGGCCGAAGCGCCUCGGCCGGCGUUUCGAGAAGAGGAGAAACGGCGAGAGCUCCGGAGACCAGCAACCGAGGCCGUGGGGGAGUCGGAUCCUGCAGAGCCAGGAGCCGAGUGCUACGUGACCCCACAGGGGUCAGCGAGCAGCCGAGGAGGAUCUUUAAACUGCGCCGUCACAAACGCACAAGCUCAGCGAAAUAUUUCAGCAGAAAAAGCUGAGAAAAAAGAAGCAACCCUAAACCUCCAAGUGUUGCACCAAACCGACGGGGAGCCCAGCGGCGAGGAAGCAGACGUCCCGCAGCGGAAACCCAGCGCUGCGCUCCGGGUGUUGGGCGACGGGACGCUUCAGGUGGAGCCGGAGAAGGGCCACGGGGUCAGAGGCCCCGCGGGGUCACACGGGGACUCCGGCUCAGGCCCCUCCGCUCUGCCUCUGCCGAAAAAAUCCUUCAAUCACCUCUCCUCCGCCUCCAAAUACGGCACCGUGUCGUACCGCAAGAUCCGCAGGGGCAACACCCAGCAGAAGAUAGAGGCGUUUGAACACAUGAUCGUGAAGUUGUAACUGGAUGGUUUAAAGAGCUUUUCGAAAAAAGGAAAAUGAAAACCGCUGGAGAUGCUCCAUAACAACACUGAGUGCACAUGUAUGCCAUGCAGUGCACAGUCUGCAUAUUUAUUUGUUCUAGUUUACUUGUGUGUAUUGAAAAUACGUGAUAUAAUGAAGAGCUACAUAGUCUAAUAUCGGACGAGAGCAAUGCCUCCCAAGAUGUAUAUAUUAUUAUGGAUGGCUUUAGGAUGAAAACCUCUUGGUAUGUAAAACAGGGAUUUGAGCAGCAGAUUGAACGAAUUAGACACUCGGGGGUUUAUAUUCGUACUAAUAACCAAGUUGUUGUUUUAGAGCUGUGGUAUCUUUAGGAUAAGAAGUUCCAAGUGAUAAAACAUACGUAUUUAGAUGUACUUAAAAGUGCUGGAUAAAAAAUAAAAAUGAAGUGAUGCGUUCAA